UCCGGAGAAUUUUGUUGUGUUUCAACAUUUUUCAAAAAUGAAAUAUUAUUUAUUAUUGAUUGGCAUUUUCAUUGGUAUACAAUUUAUAAUUUGCAUGGAAGAUGGUGGCAGCGACCCCAAUCGAAGAGCCAAUAAACCGAUAUGGAAUGAAACAUAUGCGGAUGCAUUGAAACGUGACCUUUUAAUGUCGUACGACAAAUUUGCAAGACCGACGCAGCACUAUAACACGACAAAAGUGACACUUGACAUGAAAAUCAAGCAUGUCGAUUUCGAUGAGAAAACAUCAAUCUUCACCGUUUAUUCGUGGUUUUUUAUGGAUUGGAACGAUGAAAAACUGAAAUGGAACAAAACCCAAUAUGGCAAUUUGAGCAAACUUGCCCUUGCGCAGCAUGAAGUUUGGCAGCCCGAUAUCACGCUCUAUAACUCUGUAUCACCUCAAAAUGAUUUUUUUGGACAGGCAAAUUUUGUGGUAGAAUCAAAUGGAAAAGUAGUCUGGAUACCGCCUGCUACCUUUAAAGUACUUUGUGAUUCAAAUUUGCGCGAUUGGCCAUUCGAUACUCAUCAAUGCACUUUGGCAUUUGGCUCAUGGAUGUAUGACGGCCAUGAAAUUGACAUAGUACAAAAAGAAACAAACGAUUCGCAUCUUGAACUUUAUGUGGAAAAUACCGAAUGGGAAAUAACAAAUGUACAACUCGUCCGAAGUGAAACAGUAUAUUCAGUGUCAGAAUCGCACGUCGAUAUGGACGUUCCAUCCGUUGACAUUCCUUACGUUGAGAUUCGUUACUACAUUGCAAUUUCUCGACGCUCAUCGAUUUAUCAUAGCGUAAUAAUCGCACCAGCAUUUAUUGUGAUUUUACUUACCUUACUCACAUUUUGGCUACCCGCUCAAUAUGGCGAGAAAAUUCUAUUGAACGGCAUCACCGCUUUGAUAAUUGUUCUCUUCUUACUGUAUUUUUCACAAAAAUUGAAUGUCAUGGCUUCGCAUACACCGCUCAUUGUUUUAUUCUACAGUCAUGCAUUGUAUAUGGUGUGCUUUUCAAUGCUGAUUUCAGUGAUUGUUAUAAAUUUAACGAGACUGAAACACCAAAAAGUUUUGCCAUGGAUCAUUAAGAAGCAACUGGAUGGAAAACUGGGCGAUUUUCUGCUGCUCGAUCAUGUUAACGAUACAGAGAACGAUCAGCAGUCCCGUUCAUCUGAACUCCGCGAGCAUCCAUUUGAAGAGGCAACUAACGACGAACAACAAAUAAUUCAGCAAUGUCGCCGUGGAAAAAAUUCAUUGAAAAAUGAUUACGUGAAAUUGGCUACGGCCAUUGAUCGAAUCGCUUUCAUCUUAUAUUUGUUUCUAUUCAUAAUUUUCGGUAUUGCUUACUCCAUUUGAUUUGUCUUGAUCUAAUUGAUUGAAUCUAAACAAAUGUAAAAAGCGGAAAUGGCACAAUGUGUCACAUGUCUAUUAACUGCUUAUUUUCAUGAAAUAAAACAAACAAUGAGUACUAGUGAAUUGCAA